AUGAUGAGCCGAGGACGUUUAUUUGUGGAUAUGGCAAAACGUAGCACCAAAGAAAACCUACCUGCUAACAUAGAAUCUCAUAAUGAUCAAAUCAAACAAAAUAGUCCACCAAAUGAAACGGUUAAAGACAAUUUACUCAAUUCUAUAUUAGGCAGUUCAGAUACUACAGUUCAGUCUUCUAUGCUUGAAGAGAUAACUUCUUCAAUCUCUAAUAAAAUCAGCAAUACAAUCGAUGUGGCUAUCCCAAGUACUCGUACUUCCAAAUCUGCUGAAAAUAAACAAAAAGAAAUAAAUUAUUACAUUUCGCCCAUACACAGUGACCAGAGUGACAUCGAUGAUUCCGAUGCUGAUCCACAUUUUAAUAUAUUAUCUCCAAAUAAAACGACUUCACCGAACAAGUCCGAUUCUUCUUCUUCUUCCAGUAGCAGCAGUAGUUCAUCUUCUUCUAGCUCUGAUAGUUCAUCUAAGGCGGACCAAAAUAACGAUAUUGUAGAUUUAAAUGACAGACCAAUAAAAACAGCGUUAUCAAAAAAAUCCAACUCUGGCUUUGUAGAAGGAGAAUUGAGGGGUAAGCAUGGUAAGCAUCCAACACUUGAUUCCGACAUUAGAGAAAGUGUGAAAAAUUUUAUCAACAGUAUACCACGUAUUGAAUCGCUUUACCUUCGAGCGCAAACUUCACGUGAAUACAUACAAAGUGAUAAAUGUCUAGCCAGUUUGUAUAGAGACUAUAAAGAAAUUCGUCAAAGAGACAACUUACUAAUUGCUACAGCGUCAACAUUUAAUCGGAUAUUUAAUACAGAGUUCAAUAUCUCAUUCUUUACACCAAAAAAGGAUCUUUGCGAUCUAUAUGAAAGCUACAGUAAUUCAGAUAAAAAUGGCAAGCAGAAACUACAAGAAAACUAUGAACAACAUCUUAAAGAAAAAGAAUUAGCAAGGAUAGAAAAGGAUAAUGAUAAAAAAAGAACUGAUGUUAAAGUAGCUGUAUAUGAUCCGCAAGCAGUAAUGCCUAAGGACAGGUAUCCUUAUUUUUUUAUAAAUCUAGGAUAA